AUGAUGGCAGGCUUAUUGAAAAAUUAUCAAGCACAAGCUUUCAUUCAAGCACAAGAAUUAUCAUUCCGAAAUUCUGCUAAUUAUCAUUAUAAUUUUAAAACAUUAAAUUCAUCAUCAUCGGAUAACAAUAAUAACAAUCAAGAAGGAGAGCAAGAAUUAAUUCUUAGUGAAAAGGAAAAACCAAUUUAUGAAUUAUUAACCAUUGUUUCUAAUUCUAAUAGAAUUGCUCAUACAAUUUAUGAUAAUGUUCAUCCUUUUACUACCUUGUUGGCACAAAUUGAAAUGAUGAUCAAAAUGAUGGAAGAAUUGGCUCAGACGCAGGAUCACUUUUUGGGAGAUUCAAUUCAUGAAACUAUUAAUGCUUCCAAAGAAUUGCAAAUUACAGUUCUCUGCAGAAGGGCCAGUUGUGCUAUGGUUUGUUGGAGAAGAGCUCAAACAGAGGAGGAAAGAAAUCAGUACUAUUCAAUUAUGGAGCAGGAUUAUGAUAAAGCUUUCAGUUUUGGAAUUGCUAGUGAUGAACUUGAUUUUGGUUUUGCUAGUUUUUGUAAGGUUGUUAAACAAGAUUUGAGACAAGCUCUUCAUUAUGUCACAAGAUCAAUUGAAUCUAAUCCAAAUGCACCAAUCAAGUUUUUGAAACGUGCCGAAUUACAAUUUGAAUUAUUCGAAUAUUUGAAAGAAACUGGUGAAAAUAUGAGAGUUGAGGAACGAUCAAAUUCUACUGGUGCAUCAAAUAAUAAUGGAGGAGCUCCAGAGAGUACUGCCAUCACCUCAUUCUCAGUCAAUCCAGAAUGGAGUGAUGAAGCAUUGGAUACUCUCAAUAAUUGUCUGAUAGAUUGUGAGAGAUAUAUUGAGGAUACAAUUCAACAAGCUAAGGAGCAUAAUAUUAAGGACUAUUACUUGGAUUAUUAUGUAUAUAAUUUGAGAGGAAGAGUUUUUGUAGAGUCCUUCCUUUCUGAUAUGGGAAAUACCGAGACAUCUAAAAUUUUCAUUGCCAAUGCCGAGAGAGAUUUUACUUUAUAUAUUGAUCAUUUUAAACCUGAACAAAUUGAUAAUUUACAUCCAAAUUACAUUUCAGAAUUGUGCUCAGCUCAUGCAAGGAGAGCCAUGUGCCGAUUGCACAACACCAAUAUCAAUCCAGAACAUGCCAAAGAGGAUAUUGAAAGAGCAACCCAAUUAUUGCAAAAGAUUUCAAAUGGAAAUGAUUACAGCGACAUUACUAACUUUAUUGAAGAGCUCAAGGUUCUCACCCAUGCCAAAUUAAUGCACAAUAAGGCCACUGAAUUGGGAGCUAAGGCUGCUCAAUGUCAACAAACCAAUCCAGAACUCGCUUUGGAAUAUUUGAAUGAGGCCAUCAAGACUUGUGAAAUUUCUCCAAUCGCCAUGCUGUACAUUCAACGUGCUUUCCUCAACUAUGAAACCUUUAGAAAACAAACACAAGCUGGCAUGCAAAUUAAUGAUCCACUGAAUAGAGAAAUUAUGGAUAGAGUAGCUGAAGAUUGCCAGUCGGCCAUCAAUAAAUGUUUGUUAUUUGCCAAAUGUUGGAAUAAGGCCUGUCGUACAUAA